UAGCCGCGAUGAACCGCGCCUUGACUUUGCAGUCGCGACAACGCGAAUGGAAAUUGCGUGAUAUUCGACGGUGGACUUUGUAGUCGCGCGGGGAAGCGGAAAAAGGGCCUUGUUCUUCCUUCGUACUCGUUCUCCUGACUUUCACCAGUGUUGCAGCGGAAACGCACUGAACAUUUAUCCAGCAUCUACGUACUCUGCUUGCCAGUGGUGUUGCAGUAGAAACGUCAACUCGCGCAAUGCGGGUGCUCCUCUCGAAACUUCCGAGACCAUGGAUAGUUGACGAGAAAAAGGACGAUGGUUACACGGCCCUUCAUCUGGCUGCUCUGAACAAUCACGUCGAAGUUGCUGAACAGCUGGCACGUGCUGGAAAAGCUGACCUGGAUUUGCAAAACGUCAAUUUGCAGACCGCGUUGCAUCUCGCUGUCGAGCGACAGCACACGCAAAUCGUUCGUCUGCUGGUACGCGAAGGCGCCAAUUUAAACGUGGCAGACAAGGACGGUGACACGCCUCUUCACGAAGCCUUGAGAUAUCACACUUUGUCGCAGCUGCGACAGCUGCAGGAUGUCCAGGACGUAGGGCGGCUCCUGAUGGGCCUGGGCGCGCAAGGACAGGACAAGAAGAGUAGCUCGUUCAUUGCUUGCUUCCUGGCUGCUCAUGGCGCUGACCUGGAAUUGAAGAACAAGAAGGGACAGACUCCGCUCGACCUCUGCCCAGAUCCAAAUCUCUGCAAAACGCUAACUACUUGCCACAAGGACAGAGAAUCGGACAACAUCGAACCGGCAGCCCCAUCAGCCACGAUCGACGAGUGUUUGGUCUGCUCAGAUGGAAAACGUGAAAUGCUUUUCAGCCCUUGCGGACACGUAGCUUGUUGUAACGCUUGCGCGCCAAGAGUGAAGAAAUGUCUGAUCUGCAGAGAAAAUGUCCUUUCAAGAACAAAAAUCGAGGAGUGCGUGGUUUGCUCGGAUCGUAAAGCUAGCGUACUAUUUCGUCCGUGUGGACAUAUGUGUGCUUGUGAAAGUUGCGCAGCCCUGAUGAAAAAAUGCGUUCAAUGCAGAGCUCAAAUUCAGCACAUGUUACCGUUGUCGAUCUGUUGCGGUAGAGGAGGCGAUGUCACUUACGUUAAAGCAACCAAUGCUUCAGGUGCAACGAUAACAGACGUGAAGAAUGAUCAAGAAGAAGAAUUAUUAUCGCAACAAAAUACUGGAAGUGGAGGAGAAACUCUUUUGAUGAACAACGGUAGCCGAGAUACAUCACACAGCGAUAUACAGAAACUUCAACAACAACUUCAAGAUAUCAAGGAACAGACAAUGUGUCCAGUUUGCUUAGAUCGUUUAAAGAAUAUGAUAUUUUUGUGCGGCCACGGCACCUGUCAAAUGUGCGGAGACCGGAUGUCGGAGUGUCCAAUAUGCCGGAAGGCGGUAGACAAGCGAAUUUUGCUCUAUUAAAUCUAGAAAACUGAUUAUCAUUCGGAGCUAGAGCUUCAUUUAGAUAUAUAAGAAUGAAUGAUAAUAGUAGGAAUAAUUAAAUAUUGCAUCUAUUAUCUGAUUCAAAUUUUGAAAGUAUAGAUACGUUUUAUUUUCGAUACUUUCAACCUCCACAAGACUGUAACAUAAAUUAAGAUUUUGUUAAAACUAUCAAAGUAUAUUUAUUCAUAUACUGCCCAUUCACCAAAUAAAAUUUAUACUAAUUAAUUCUAAUAGUUUUUAUACUCCUAUUUUAAAAUUUUAGGAAACAUUUAUAUUAAUUAAUAUGUAUAAAAUAUUUCUAUUUAAUUUCAUUACAUCUAUCGUACAUAAGUAUAAUACCAUAAUGAAGACAUAAACAGGCUAUUCAGUGUAAUCUGUUCCACGAUUAUUCUUAUUUUGAAUAAGUAUUUCCUGAAUAUGUUCAAGCGUGUCAAACAUAUGUAUGCUUAAAAAUUUCCCAAUCUUUUAAAUAAAUGCCAUGAAAAAUAUAUACAAAUCAGAGGAAACCGAAUGCAAUAUUUACUUAUUCCUUCUUUUUUUUAAUCUGUUAACGGGCUCCGUAUAAUUUGUCCAUAAUGUUAUUACUUCAGCACAUUUUCACGAUAUAAAUAUAAUCGGCUAAUUAAAUAUAAAUAUACAUUAGGCUGAGUCAUGAAAAUGAAUUAUAAGAAUUAUAGCAAAAUGCCAAGCAAGUUGUCGUAUCAAUGAUGAAAUAUUGAGAUCGUAUCUAUUUAUGGAUAGUGCUUCGUCCUUAUUCGUUUCUUCAAAAUUACCAAGUUUGGUUCAGUAAUGUAAGUUAAUAAGUAAACUAUUGUUUUCUAGUAAUUGUUAUUAGUCGAAAACUCUAUUAACCAAUAUUUUUAAACAUUUAUAAUGUUUCCAUUUUACGCUGAUAUAUAGUCUAUACGCACAAUAAUCCUUCAAAGACAUUCGUUACUUAACGUUACUUCAAAUGUACAAUUAAACGUAGUACUUAUAGUGUCGAAAGCCAGCAAACACCUUUUACAAAGCUUUUGCUUUCCUCGAUUAGGAGCAAUAACGAGUGGGAUAAGAAAAUUCGUGCUUUAGAAAGUAACAGAUACCCGCAAAUUCUGCAUUUCUUUCUUUAUUUUGCUGUUUUCCUUCCUCCAAUUAUACAACAAUAACGCGUCUUGUAUACAGUAAUUUAUAGAUACAAUAUUUUUUUAACUGCUUUUUUUUUGUUACUUUAUCAUUUCUACUACACCUUGUUAGAUGUAAUUUGUACUUACUAGUAUAUUUCCAUGAUUAUAGAUUUUGCAUUCUAUAACAAAAAUUUUAUUCCGCUUUUGUAAUAAUUAUCGAAAGGAUAUAAAUUUUUAAGACUUUCUAAUUUUUCUUGUCCCGCAAAUAAUUUGCAUGAAUUUCUUGUAAAUACUUCCCUACUUCCUGUCCUCAAUCUUAUUGCCAAUACUGUCACAUUUGCUCUCCCUUCUUGAAACUGUAUAAAGUAUCUUAUUAUUAGAAGUUUCAAUAUUCCCAAUAAUAAUGGAUACUGCCAAUUACUUUUAUAAAUCAUGAAACGUUUAAUUUAUCAUUAAAUAUCUAAUUAGUUAUAAAAAUACUAGGAAAAUAAUUAUCAUUAUCAUUGUAAUUCAAAGUUUCCCUUAUUUCCGUAAUUUAUAUGCAUAUAUUAAAGGCAAAGAAAAGAUUACGCAGUUUAAUAAAAUUAAUCUAAUUGACAGUAAUCUGCAUAAACAUUAAUAAUAGUAACUAUCUAUACUUUAGAAAACUAUAUAAUAACUUAUACAAUUUACUUCCCUUUUUAUAGUGAGGAAAGAGGGGAAGCAAAGUUUUGAAAAGGUAAUAAAUAUGAAUAUUUGUUGGCUUAUAAAUAAUCUUUACAAGACUUUGCAUCUUCUUUCUUAGUAUCACCAUUCGUAGAAAAAUGUAAAAAAAAAUAAUGCUCAUUGAUUAUACAUCCUGAAAAGUAUAUUUAUAACAAAAUAGAAACAAAAUUUAGCUUCGUAUUUGAAUUGAACUAAUCGGCAUAAAUUUUCUACCUGUAAAAUUAGUAAUUGAUAUUUAUAUCAUUUUGUAUUUCUUUCCUUUUCGAAAAAUAUUCAUUCUUAUAAUAAUUUUUUGCUUUGUGAAUUUUCGAGAAAUUAUGGUAGAAAUAAUCAAUAAUUGUUAACUGCACUAACAAAUAUCUUCCUUUAUUUAAAUUCUGGCUAUAUAGGUACGACCAUACUUACGUUUUGUGAUGCAAGAAUUCAGUAAAAGAAUUAUAAUCAGGUAAUAUAAAAUCUUUUAGUAUGUCACAACAAAUAGAAUAUGCAAUCUAUGAUUAUCCUUGAUAUCGCAUAAUGUUAAAAUUAAUGUUAUGAAAACAUUAUUUUUUUUAUACAUAAUGUUGACAUUAAAAUUUUCAUUUUUAUGAUUUUUGGAAAAUAUUUUUGUAGUAAUAUAAUGUAAUUUGAAUAUAUUAAACGAAUAUAAUAAAUUCAAAUAUUUCAUUUAAGUAUUCAUAAAGUAUUUCAUUUAAAUAUUUCAUUAAGUAUAAAGAGAAUAUUUCACAUGAAAUAGAUUUAAUAAAUAUUAAGCAAUGGUCUUUAUUAACGUGGUCUUACCUAUAAAUUAAUCUUCAUUGUGAAUAUUACAAUACUAUGUAGUGCUUUUAACUAUUACCCCUUGCUCUUCCAUUUACAAUAUCUUUUUAGAAGUUUUUGAAAGGCAAUUAUUAUAUGCGUUUAGAAUAGAAACUUUAUUAACUAAAUUUAAAAUAAGUAGACCAAUAAACAAGUAUUAGACAUUAAUAUUUAAUUUAAGACUCCAUUUUCUACAACCCUGGACCAUGCAUAAUUUACCUUGAAUCCAAUAAAAUAAAAAAUAUUUAACACAAUUAUAUAUAUUGAAAUAAUCAGAAACAUUUUAAAACAUUUACAUACAUACCCUUUUAUCAUUUUGAAAGAUCUGAUUUAUUAAUGGAGUAUAAAAUUGGAUAAACAAAUGAAAAAUGUAAUAGGUAUUCAACAAAAAUUUUGAUUAUUGAAUACUUAAGUUUUGUAAUGCCUUCUACUAUAAUUUUUAUUGUAAAUUAAUUAUUUGUUAACAUGGAGUCUUAAAGGAGAUACAAAAUGUGAAUGGGCAACAUGUAAUUUUUGUACCAUUCCUGUUGCAUAAUAUUUCUGUAAAAGGAUACAUUUUACCUAAGAAUAUUAUAUAUAAUAUACAGCAUUAAAAAUGAUAUAUAACAUUACAAUGGGAUUAUAAAAUUUUCUUAUGAAGUCUUUGAGUAAAAAAAUCAAUUGUAACAAUUUUUUCAUCUUCAAAAUGAUAAAAAUAUUCGUAAUUUCGUUUCUUAAUCGUUGAUCCUAUUGUAUUGUCUAUCUCUUUGGCGUUUGUAACGGAAAAAACAUUGUAACAGAAACAUUGUAAGAAAAAUGUUACGAUGAUUAGAAAUACUAUCUUAAUACUUAUAUUAUUCUAUUACGUUAUACAUAUAACCGUCUCAACUGUAUUCAGUAAAAUUAUAACAAUAAAUACAUUUGUUCUAGUAAAGAACAA